AUUAAUCAUGGGGGAAUGAGCGAGUUAAAGCUCGAGGAGCAAAUUGCGCACGCGCUGUGGCUCAGGAUGACGUGCUUUCUUGUGUGUUUGUGCGUCCUGUCGUUGGGACUUCAUCAGAUAACUACAGCAGCAGCUUUUAUUCCGGAGAGAAAAGUGUCACACUGUAACGUGUCAGGAGAAUGGCACAGCGAGCUCGGAUCGCAGCUGCAGCUCAGAGCUGACGGACCGGAAGUGAGGGGCGUGUACCGGACGGCAGUGGAGAGCACGCGCGGGGCGGCGGGUGCGAGGCGCGAGGCCAGAGUGCUCGGGGUGAUGAGUGACGGCGCGCAGCCCACGGUGGCCUUCUCCGCUCUGUGGCCCAAAGGAUCAUGCACUACCUGGGUGGGUCAGUGUUUCAUUUCACCAGAAGGUGGUCAGGUCCUGAAAACGCUGUGGAUGCUGCGCUCUGCUGCUGAGAGCACUACGGACAACUGGGACAGCACUAGGUUGGGAGAGGACCGGUUCUUUUUUGCUCGAGGUUUGGAAAGCCUGUAAUGUCUUGUUGGUGUAUCAGUAUUCUUUGGGUUUAUCUAAUGAUGCAUAUAAAAAGAUGGACACAACAGAGCUGAGAUUUGUACAUCACUCCAGGUCAAUAAACAAUCCCAGAAUGCAA